UCAUGGAAGCCAACAACUCAAGCAAUCAUGGGAGCCACCUCGUUUUCAUUCACAACGGCAGCAGCCAUUCUCCACCUCGCCCUCCUCCUUGCAGCAGCUCGACGGCACGGCGCGACGGACUACACCGUCGGCGACUCCGCCGGGUGGGCCAUCGGCCCCAACUACCUCAUCUGGUCGCAGAAGUACAACUUCACCGCCGGCGACACCCUCGUGUUCAACUACGUGAAGGAGCAGCACAACGUGUACCAGGUGACGCAGGACGAGUUCCGGACGUGCGAGCCGCCGGCGAACCAGUCGACGCGCGUGUGGGCGACGGGCCACGACCUCGUCAACCUCACCGUGCCGGGGGACUACUACUUCCUCUGCAACGUCGCCGGCCACUGCCUCGGGGGCAUGAAGUUCUCUAUCGCCGUGGCCGCGCCACCCCCUCCGCCCCCGCCGCCGCCGCCCCCGCCGGCCCUGACGCCACCGCCACCGCCGCCGCCGAGCUCGGGCUGCGUGCCGUUGAUUUCACGGCGGCGCGCGUGGGCGGAGGUGGGGCGGAUUCCAUUCCUCGCGGCGAUCGGCCUGCUCGUUCUCACUUGAUUGUCGUCGUCGUUGGUAGGUACGGUGGUUACCAAUACUACUUUUUUUUUUGUGAUGGUUGACCUGGACGUUUUCUUGGAAUUGAUGGUUGGGAUGAACUAUUGCUAUGCAAGUAAUGGCGUGCGCAUGCAUGUCUACGUUUGAUUGAUAGUGUUGACUUUGUACUCAAAAUGUUAUUAUCGGUACGUGUGUUUGGGUCCUUUUGGUAGGGAUCUCAAGUGCUCAAGCAAGAAGAGAUAAAAGGGGCUCAUACCACUAGUACAAAAUGUUUAUUGGUUGAUUUUUUACUGACGGUUCUAAAAAAA